CGCUCUAGCGGUGAGAAGGGGGAGUCUCUCGACGCGGCUCUGCUUCUCUCCGUGCCUGUUUCUAUCAGACCAGAGAAAUCCGAGGGAGAGGAACGAGCCGCCAUUUUCCGAGCGUCGCUCUCUCUGAAACAACAACAAAAAAAGAAAAUAUAAAACCGGGGAAAGGCAGCCGGAGCCUGGCAGGAAGGUGCUGGGGGAAAAAAAAAAAAAAAAAAAAAAAAAGACUUGACCUUUUAAGAAUAUUGUAACCAGAACAGAAUCAGUUUGGAAAGGACCCAGUGUUUUUUGUUAGACAUAUUUUUGAAGCCUGUUUCUUUCUCGUUGUUUCGCCCAUUUCGUGAUUCCGAGGGAAAUACUGGGCUGCUGAAAACCGGACCGGGUUCCCCGGAAACCGGAGCCCACCUGAACAGGAUUCCUUUAAAAGGCUGUUCACCCCGAAAUCUGUUUAUUAAUUUGUAUUUUGGAUUAAUGCUUUUUAUUUUCCUCGAAACUGCGGGGAUUUGUUGCUGAAAUUACCCGGACUCUGCGCCCGUCACGUGGCUGUCCUCUGCCGAGGCAGUAAGUGGGUGGUGUGCAGAAGGCCUCGGCACUGGGAAAGGCCGCCACGCCCGUCUCUCUGCACUGCAUGGCUGCAAUGGCGCCCGCUCUUACCGACGCGCCAGCCGAAGCUCACCACAUCCGCUUCAAACUGGCUACCCCGUCCUCCACACUCUCCCCGGGCAGUGUGGAAAACAACAGCAACGCCAACAACAUCCUGAUCUCCAGCAACGGCACCAGCAAGCACAAGGCCAUCAUCACCUCCGCGGAAGAGCACGCCUUUGACUUCCGGGGCAACCCCAAGGAAGAGCAGCAGCGGGGCAAACUGCAGCCACUGGUGGCCUCUUAUCUCUGUUCUGAUGUAACUUCGGUCGCCACAACUAAGGAAUCUAGAAAACUGCAAGGAGUCAUUAUUAAACAGAAGGUCCUCAAAUCUCACUCUCUUCUGACCCCACCCACCAUCUUCAACAGCAGUGACAUCCGUGCCGAGCUGCUCGCCAGGCAGCACCAAGCUCUGGAGUUUACUGGGGAGAAUCUUAAAAUGAUGAGCAGCAGCAGCCAGCCCGUCGCCCCAGCCCAGGUGCCAGUGAAUGGCCUUGCUAAGAAACUUGCCAAGUCCAUGAGUAGCUCUGCCAGGGACGGUCCUGCAGCGCUGGCUGCAGUCAGUGAAAGCAAGCCUGGACCCUCUGUUGCCCCUGGCACUGAAGCCUGUCACUCCAAGGAUUUCAAAGCCAUUUCAUCCAGUUGCACUCUUCUGAAAGGGUGUGUUGCAGAGGAGCAGCCACCUGGGAACUUGCCUGUAAAUAACACUGAGCAGUCUACUGCAGCAAACCAACUGGACCUUGCAGAAGGUCAAGUAGAAGGUGAGGAAGGAUAUGUGGGAAACGGGAUAUCCACAGACCCCACAGUGAGUUCUGUUGAUUUGGAUAGUGUGGGUUGCAAUGGCAACAGCCAGGUAAAACCUACUACCACAUCCGACCCCAAUCCCUUCAGCACUUUGGAUGCUGAGAUACGUGCUAGGACCCUGCUGAACCAAAACCGGCAAAGCGAGAUUGAGAACAGGAUCCGGCGACUGCGCAAACGCUUGCAGGUGGUGCAGGCCAAGCAGGUGGAGAGGCACGUUCAGCAGCAGCUGGGUGGGUUCCUGCAGACUAGCUUCGCCAAGCUGCCCAGUCUGGACUCCCUUCGCCAGCGCAGCCCUGCCGUGCUCACCCGCAAAGCCGAGUCUGCCCUUCGUCGAGCAGCCAGCGAAAGCAGCACUUCCGAUGGAUUGAGCCACUUCCUGAAGAGCGGCUCUGUGCCCAUGGAACUAGAGCGGCUCUCUCUGAGCGGGACGGCUAAUCUGAGGGCAGCAGAGCAGGCCUUCGAUUCAGACGUCACAGACAGCAGCUCUGGGGGCGAGUCUGACAUUGAGGAAGAACAACUGACCAAAGUGGACAUUGAGCAGCGACACAUCUCAUUAUGGAGGAGGGCAGAAGGAAGAUAUGCCAUGGAGAGAGCUUCUAUUGUGAGCCACUGGAACUGGCUCCAGGCUCACAUCUCUGACUUGGAGUAUCGAAUCCGGCAGCAGACGGACAUCUACAGACAGAUCCGUACAAACAAGGGUUUGAUAGUCCUGGGAGAAGCUCCCCUAGCUGUGGAAGACGGGCUUGUGGUUAAGUCAGAGUCCGCAGGCUGCAGCCAAUUGGCACAGGACUACCAAUGUUCAGAAACUAUAGAAAAUGCGCCCUCCCCUCCCAACCCAACAGACGCUGUCCUCUUGAAAGGGUGUGUCGCAGGCAGGCCAGUCAAUGGAGUUGUCAAUAGUCUUCAUCCUGGCCUGCCUGAUCCUGGUUCUCCUGACAGCUCUGACACAGAGGAGUUACUGAACAAGAAGCAGCACUUAAACCUGCUUGCCCCCACGCCUCCAGACAGCACUGAUGCUGCAGCCCGCACCCGCCCCAUACUGAGCUGCAGGAAACGAAGACUGGUCCGCCCCAGCAGCGUCAUGACUCUCAACAGAAAGGUUCAUAAAAGCUCAGUGAGUCGAUGUAGCUGUGACAUCAACCCUUCGUGUGUCAUGUGUGGUAACCGGUCGCUCCCCUCCACAGAGUUUCAGUACGAGGCCCCACUUUUAGAAAGGCUUUCCCUGUUCGACCCCUGCAUUCACCCCAUCCUCUCAUUCCCUGAUGAUGUUUCCAUGAACCUGCACUUCCAGAGGACUUUGAAAUCACACUGGCAAAAUAAACCGCUGGAGAAAAUCAAACCCCUGAAAAAGAUCUCCCUUAAACACAAAAUGUCCAUGACCAGCAGACUGCCAGACCCCCCUUCCAAAGACAAACACAGACUUUCAAACUCUCUUCUGUCUGCAGUCCGGCUUUCACACCACAAAAUACGCCCUGAAAAGAUCCACAGGCAGCACCUCGACAAUGUACUGACUGCUUCACAGCUGGAGAGGACACCAGUGUGCAAAUUGGAGCGAAAUCAGACACAGACACCUGCCUCCUACGAUAAAAGCCACAGCAAGAAAAGGCAAAGGAAUCACUCCAUCGAGAGGACAGAUGCAGCCCCAAGACACUUAAUGGACACGGGAAAUCCAUGGUCUUCACUGGUGGGGUUGCACACGCCAACCCACAGUCCUCUGAGACAGCUGUCCACAUCCUCGGAGAGCUCCACACCUAUAGCUACCAAUAGCAACCCGCAGCCAGUGCGGAGGCGAAGAGGAGAAAGUUCAUUUGAUAUUAACAAUAUUGUUAUUCCAAUGUCUGUUGCUGCCACAACUCGAGUUGAGAAACUUCAGUACAAGGAAAUCAUCACACCAAGUUGGCGGAAAGUGGAUAUUUGUGCACAACCGAUAGCAGAAGAGGAUGACAGUGUGGAGAUUGAAGACCUGUCGGAUACUGAAUUUGCUGUCCAGCAUUUAAAAUGCGAAGAGCUGGAGCGCUCCCGGUGGACUUGGACUGCUACUGCUGCUGCACAGCGACGGGGGAGCAGGUCUUACAAAUCGUUGGACGGAAGGACAACUCCACUGCUGGGUGGUACAAACCCGUCUACACCACAACCUGCCUCGCCCGACACUGCACAUUUCUACUCCCUUCAAGACUUUGGCCCCAUGCCCUCCCCGCACAGUCCUGCCAGCCCGGACGCAAUCUCAAACCCAUACACUCCUGGUUCUCGGGACUCUCAUCGUCUGCAGUCCAGUGAAGACACACGCUGCUCCACGCCCGACUUCAGCUUUGAAGAAGUGACUAUCCAACCCUGGGAGAGGCGCACUUUUCCACUGUCGUCUGACCCAGUGAAUGAACCCGAGGACCAUUGUGAGCUACAGGACUGGCCCAUGCGAGGCAUUCGCCGGAUCUCCGGCUGCAAAUCCUUCAGCAAGGAGUCUGAGAACGAGACGACUUCGCCCGUAUCGGAGAGAGCAAGCAGAGGCAUCAAACCGCACUGAAACCAUCUCACCGAUGAAUAAACAGAAGGACUUUUUUGGCAUUAAAGAUUCUGCUGUUUGAUAUUCAAACAUCAGUCAAAUUUCACAGUUUUUAGUGAACAUACAGAAUUUAGAAUUGUUUUUAAACAUGUUUUCGUCACAAAAAAAAAAAACCAUUGCAAACUAGGUCGAAGAUUUAGGAUGAACACAUGGGAUGGGUGGGGUCUGGCAUCCUUUUCUAUUAUAUAUUAGGUGUACACAUAAAGGGCACUAUGUAGCAGACUAAGGGGCUUGGACAAUGUUCUGGAAAAGGGUGUUUUGUAUCAAUAGUCGAUGUCUGUGUCCCCAUGUAAGUUUAAAGUGGAGUGACAUAAAACAACUUUCUUUUUUUCCCCUCAAAGUGCAUUUUUGCUAUGUUUCCUUUUAAGAGAACUUCAACAAAUAACGGACAUUCUCCUCUGCUCUGUGUAGAACUGAUGUAAGAUUACUGAGCACUUCUUGGAUUAGGGGCCACAGUCUAUGACUAGUUGUGAAUCUCACUGAAUUUAGCAGUUCAGUGUAAAAUAGGUAUGUCUUCUGUGUACCUUCAUUCAAUGUUCAAGCAAGAUAGUUGUAUCUUACUGCUCAAUAUUAUGCAAUGUUACUUUAAAUAUAGCUGUCUGUACUUCAGCAGUUUGUUUACUCAAUAAACAAAAUACUUAUUUCUGUUGAACCAGGGUAUGUUUUGCAAAGUUAUUUUAUAGAUGUUGAUGUUUCAGUUUGUCUAUAUAGUAUAUUUGGGGAGUAUUGAGCACUUGCCAAUUGUAACUCCUAGUGCUGUGCUAUAUUUCUUGUGGUUUUCACUUGAACCGUUAGUGGCUGGUUCUGCAAACCAAAGAAAAGGUUUAGUUCUUUGGUUUGUAAGUGUGUUGAAUCAUUUACAGCAUCCAGAAAUGAUUUUUUUUUUUUUUAGAUGUUUUCUUUUAUUUUUAUUUGCAUUUCUUAAACAUCCAGCUGCCAUUGUUCAUAUAGAUACAAAUCAUUUAAAGAAUUUAGUAGACCACUGUCUUGCUAAUUGUCUUCUGUUCACCAUGGGUAGAAAUGGCUUAUUGAUGUAGACUUGAAUGAACAAGUUGUUCUCUUUAAAAGGAAGCAUUUAUUAAUGUUCCUUAAAAAAAAAAAAAAAAAAAAAAAGAGCUCAGGUUGACAAUUCUAAGGGAAAAUGUUUUUCUUCAGUUUCAAAAUCAGUUAUGUAUUCUAUUCUGUACUAUUUAUUGUGAUUCUCUAUCAUACUAUUUUGCUUAAACGGCCAUUCUUUAAUGUUACGCCAACAAACCCUUCAGGUUUUCAAUUGAUUUGUCAGAUAAUUAACAGUAAAUAGCACUAUUCCAAAUUUGAAUUGCAAAUUUCUAUGCAAUCAAGUUGUUGCGUAUUUCAGUAAAUAUUUAUUUUAUGUCUCUCUCUCUCUCUCUCUCUCUCUCUCUCUCUCUCUCUCUCUCUCUC